UAAACAAGUCUUUUCGUCGUCCCCACUGAUUGGCAUUCUCGCCAACACGUUAAGUACAACACCGUUGUAAUUUGCGAUGCCAAUCAGUACCGGUUACUUUGGGUUAAAGUAAUCGGUAAACGUGAUUACCGAUAAGUAACCGUAUUUGACAUCACUACUAAUAGCUAUUGCUGCACUAUUUUUGCUUUCCUGCGCGGCCUCGCGCAUCCAAUCAUUUUCAGUCCUCGCGUGCACCAGCUACCGACGAAGCGUUAUCAGUAAUACCGAGAACAUCCUAGGAGCGCCAUGAUCCGAGUUAUUUUCAUAUCCGCUGUGAUUGUGAACCUUUCAUGCCUAGCGCAAUGUUACAAAAUCCUCACCGUCUUCCCCAUGGCUGCUCCCAGUCACUAUAUCCUGGGGGAGGCCAUCGCCAGAGGGCUGGCCGAAGCCGGGCAUGACGUCACUAUGGUCAGCCCGUUUGAGAUGAAGAAUCCGCCGAAGAACGGAAAAUUUAGGGACAUUCUGCUGACUGGGUUUAUCGAAGAACAUAAGAAUCACACCGUGAUGAACUUAUUCCAAAUGGAACAUAUGAACAUGAUCACGCACAAUCUGGCACUGAACUUUUUGGGAAGCACAAGUACGAGAAAAACCCUGGAUCAUCCCAAUUUACAAAAAUUAAUAAAUUCCGGUGAGAAAUUUGACGCCGUGAUCAUAGAGCAAUUUCUUAACGAAGGACUCAAACCACUUGCCGAACAUUUUAACGCGCAUUUGAUCCUUUUCAGCACGAUUGGGCCAAAUAUAUGGGUGGAUGGCUUUGUUGGAAACCCUUCUCCACCAUCUUACAUCCCUGACUGGACCGUAGCCUAUCCCAUCCCAAUGAACCUGUACCAAAGAGCCUGGAAUCUCAUAAUAAAAACAGUAUCAUAUGCAAAUCUGCAUUUGUUGUUCUACCCGGACCAAAAAAGGAUUGCCGAAGAGUUCCUACCAAAGGGAUUGAACUUUAAUAACGCAUUGUACAAUGUGUCACUGGUGCUGUGUAAUUCACAUGAAAGUACGAAUCAAGCUGUACCAAUGGUGCCAAAUAUGGUACAAAUCGGAGGGUUCCACAUCAAGACUCCCAAAAAAUUGCCACAGGAGUUCCAGGAUUUCAUGGAUAGUGCCAAGGAAGGUGUAGUAUACUUCAGUUUAGGGUCAAACAUAGUACCGUCGAUGAUGGGAGAGGAAAAGAAGACGGCUAUUCUGAAAGCAUUUGGGAAACUGAAGCAAAAGGUUCUGUGGAAGUGGAACGAGGACACAAUUCACGGUAAACCAGAUAACGUGAAACUGGCGAAGUGGUUCCCUCAGCAAGACUUGCUAGCGCACCCCAACAUGAAACUAUUUGUAACCCACGGAGGCCUCCUCAGUACCUUAGAAACUAUCUAUCACGGAAUACCUGUUUUGUCUCUCCCAGUUUUUGCAGACCAAAGGAUGAAUGCUGCCAGAGCGCAGGAAGCCGGUUAUGGAUUAUUUAUGCCUUUUUCGGAAAUAACCGAGCAAAGGCUGGAUGAAGCACUGAAAAAACUGCUCAAUGACCCUAAAUAUAGAGAAAAUGCUGAAAGGAGAUCCAGUUAUUUCCGUGAUAGGCCAAUAAAGCCAAUGGAUUUGGCCACUUACUGGGUGGAAUACGUGAUUCGUCAUAAAGGCGCAGAGCAUCUCAGAAUUGCAGGCACAAAACUCCCUUGGUAUCAGUAUUAUAGUGUAGACUCUAUCGCACUUAUAUUGUUAGUUUUAAUAUCCCCUUAUUUCUUGCUUAAAUUCGUGUUGAGUCUGAGAAAAAAGACCACUAAAUCUAAAAAAGAAUGAGUAGUUUCAACUUUUAUAGAUAUCACCUAAAGUGGAAAUGUGAUAUAAAAGUCCAGCAGUUUUUGUUUAGCUUGUUGACUUAAAUGUGCUAGAUAUAAGUUCCUUAAGUAUCGGAGAUAUACAGGGUGUCUCAUAAUGGAUUUAAGGUUUUAAAGCAAUAAAACGAAUAUUCAAAUCAUUGUAGAACAACUUUAAUAAACCUGCUGGAUAGAUUAAACAUGCGGAUUUAUUGUUCAAACAAAACAUCAUUAACAUCAUUUAAAUGCUGGCAGUCUUCUUUGUAGCAGGCUGCUGUUAACUGUACGUCCCUAUUAUGCCCAAGGGGCACAUGGCACACCAUAGAGUCACUUUUUUGGAGUUUAAUUGAAAAAGUCGAAUUUUGUAGGAUGAAACUGUAAGUCCUUCCGCAAUAUUCGUUGAACAGUAGCGCGCGUCAAUUGCAAUGCUUGCGCAUGUUUACGAGCCGACCGCCUGGGAUGGCGAUUUACAGCGCGCCGUACCCUAUCAAUAUUGUCUGGCGUCCUUGUGGUUCUAGAUAUACCAGCUGGUUUUUGAUUCUUGACAGAAGCUGUUGCUCGGAAUCUUUUCACACAACUGUUGACUAAAGCUGCUGCCGGCGGUGCAUCGUCUAAUUGUCUGAUAUUGAAAAGUGCACAAAAACGUCGACGCGCCACGGUAUAAGAAUCGUUCGACUUAAAGAACGAUUCAAGCAAAGACGCUCGUUACUCUGCUGGAAACGGCGCCAUGGUAACUGAAAUCCGCAUGUUCGCGCUGCCUACCUACACCACUACCGCCCUCCUUAAUUAUGAGACACCCUGUAUUAUUAUCCAGUAAACAACAUGAUCAAACUUUAUCAAUCACUAAUGAAUUUACAAAAAUAUAAUAAGUUUUUACUUAUUUACGAGCUGUGUGCGGACUAGAGUACAAACUACCGGAGACACAACUACUACCAAAUAUUUUAAAAUAUGUUGAAUUACUUAUUCAUUCUGAUGGAUGAUAGUGCCUUGAUUAUUUCAUGUAGUUGCGGUGUCUUUUAUUAUAGUUGAUUUUACAUUUGUGUUUUACUUCUUCAGAAAAUUACACAUUCUUAAAACUA